GUUUUCUUCUAUCUGACCGGACACUGACUUGACUUCUUUUUUGUUAUUAAAAUUCUACGUAAAAUAAAGAUUUUAUUGAGGUGAAUCUAUCUGUGCAAUAUAAAUUAACAAUCUUAAGUUCAAUGCAGUAAUGAGACUUACAACAAUAUAAACAACAUUCCCAAUUAACCGAUGAACUAUGUACUUGGAUUCUAAAUAAAUUUAAUACCUACAUAAUAGACGUGCCGGCAUCGAUAUGUUAUACUUAAUAUUUCUGCAUUGUUUAUUGGUUUACACAAUAAACAAUGUGCUAGGGCUGCGUGAUGAAAUUCAGCCUCGCUAUAGUAAAUUUGAUGCUGAUUUUAUAAGAGGAUGUGCAGCGCUAGAAAAACAAUGCUUACAGACUGACGAUCUCGCUUUGCUUUCCUGUGCAUUAAACACAACACGCAGUAACAAGACUCAAGUCAAUUUUCAGUGCCAGCAUAAAGUAUGGACGCGUGAAGCGCAAUUUCUCGAUCUUACAUUCCUAAAUCUGAAAUUAAGGCAGCCUUGUCAGGAUGAGCCAUUGAUAAUGGACUGCCUUGGCCCUGGUGAAAAUGCAAUUGACUGCAUAUUAAAGAAGAAGUCAAGUGUCAGAUCAAAGGUCUGUUGGAGAAUGAUAAACAAGAUUGAAUCAUUGAUAUUUAAUGAUUGGCAGAUCACAAUUAAUUUUAUUAAAUAUUGUAAUGAUGAUAUCCAAACACAUUCAUGUGGCAGAAUUCCGCCUGAUCCAAAUAGUUUAUCACAGACACAGACUAUCAAAUGUCUUCAAAAUAAAGAACAAUUGCUCCGGCCUGAAUGUGUGUCUGAAAUCUCAGCACUGAAUGAAAUUAUGUACAGCACAUUACAGUUAGAUAAGUUGGUAUUUGCUGCCUGUAAACCAGAUCAGAUAAUGUUCUGCCCUGACGAGUUGCCACGAUCAUGGUCUAUGUAUAAAUGUCUUGUGAACAACAAAAAUGAUGAUAGGAUGACCAAAAGAUGUCAAGAUCAGUUGUUCUAUGACCAAAGAGGUGUGGUCAUGAAUUACAAAAUGAGCAGGGGUCUAGUCAAGGCCUGUAAAGACGACAUUAAAAAAUACCGCUGUAGGAAAGGCGUAGUAGAAGAUAAGGAUGUGAGACUUGCACAAAUUUUAUUCUGUUUAGAAAAUGAGUCUAGAAAUAAUAGCACAAUUUCUGCUAAUUGCUUACGUGAAAUGAUUGACCAUAGGCGAAUGUUGAUGAAUGACUACAGGUUGUCACCUGAGCUCAUGCAAAACUGUGCUAAUGAUAUAACUACAUUAUGCAAAGGUGUUGAGACUGGUGGGAGGACAAUUCAUUGCUUGAUGGACCAUGCUAGACCUAGGAAGAGAAAAGAAAAAAGGAUAAGCAUUGCCUGUCAGAAAUCUUUGGAAGUCCUAGUGCAAGAGGUCAAUCCUGGGGAGGACUGGAGAGUGGAUCCAGUUUUACGAAAAGCAUGCAAAGAAACAGUUAAUGAUGCUUGUAGAGAAGCUAUGGAGAAAGGAGGUAAUGGAAAAGUCAUGUCUUGUCUCAUGGAGAGACUAGGAACUGAGGCAAUGAGACCUGCAUGUGAAACUGCAUUAAUGCAAAUACAGUAUUUUAUAUCCAGGGAUUUUAAGUUGGACCCGCAAUUGUAUUCAGCCUGUAAGUAUGAUGCAGUGACACAGUGCAAAGCGAAGUUGCAGUGGGCUGAUGCGAGUGAGCACAGAUCUGAAAAGGAUCCAUUAGUAUUGCCAUGUUUGUAUAACUAUGCAUAUAACUCUGAACUGAAAGGCAUACUGAGGCCAGGAUGUGAGCAGCAAGUUAGGAGAGUUAUGCGACAAAGAGCAGUCAGUGUAGAUUUGCUUCCUGAAAUAGAAGAUGCCUGCAUGGAUGACCUGGCAAACCUUUGCUUCGAUCAUACUGGUAAAGGUGAAGAAAUACUAUGCUUACAAAGCAAAUUAAAAGAUCUGUCUGGAAAGUGUAAAGAUGUUGUAGCUAAUUUUACAGAAACCCAGAGUGGUCAUAUAGAGUUGAACCCUGUGAUAAAUAUAAAUUGCAGGGAUGCCAUUGAAAGGUUAUGUUCUUCAAAACUGAAAAGUAAAAUAGAGGAAGAUGAUGUGAUGGAAUGUUUGAUAUCCCAUAAAAAUGAUGCUGAAAUCAAAGCCGAUGCAAAAUGCAGGGCAGCCAUAGAACAUGAACAGUUGAUCUCAUUAAAGAAUUACAGGUUCACAAGGAAGUUCAAAAAUGCGUGCAAGUCUUAUGUCGUCAGAUUUUGUCCUAAAGCACAAACAAAAAGUCAAGUAGUGGUAUGUCUCAGUGAGAUUGUCCGAAACGAUACUAUAAGCAGGAGGAAGCCGACCAUCCCGAGAGAUUGCCGUCAACAGUUGAGGAGUCAAUUAUUCCAGCAAAAGGAGGAUAUUGAUUUGGAUCCAGAAUUAAAGGAAGCUUGCAAGAGAGAUUUAUUCACAUAUUGUUCUAAUGUGCCUGUUGGAGAGUCUGCGGCUUUAGAAUGUCUGCAAACAGCAAACAAAAGACUCUCUGAUUCCUGUCGCAAAGCUUUAUUUGUAGUCAGAAAGCAGGAAUUCACAGAUAAUGCAAUUGAUUAUCAUUUAAUGAUGACUUGUACUGACAUGAUUGAUAUGUACUGUCAUAAUACAAAGCCAUCUAAGAUACUGGAAUGUUUGAAGAUUCACCAACAAGAACCAAACUUUGAUGAAAACUGUAAACUUGUUAUUGUCAAUAGAAUGAUUGAACAAAAUAUGGACUACAGACUCAAUAAUAAUUUGCAAAUUUCUUGUAAUGGCGACAUUAAAAAGUAUUGCUCGCAUAUUAUUGCUCAUCAACCAGAGGAUGUUGAACUCGAAGGGAAAGUGUUAGUUUGCUUGAAAGAAUUUUUCCGGGAAUCGAAAUUGACACCGACAUGCGAAAACGAAGUGGCGAACAUAUUGAAGGAACAAGCUUUAAACUACAGAUUGAACCCGUUACUAGUGCGGCUGUGUAGUGCUGAAAUUAAGACUAUAUGUGCUGUUCCAAAUGAUUCAAUAACCAACUCUGAUGGGAGGGUGGAAGAAUGUCUAAAAGAAGCUCUCUUGAACCGUAAAAUAGUAUCCCAGGAAUGUGCUCGUGAAGUAGUCCAGAUAAUAGAGGGGACAGAAGUCGAUAUAGAGGCAGACCCCCUAUUGGAGAGAGCGUGUACUCUGGAUCUGUUGAAGUAUUGUAAGGAUCUGGAAAAAGGGGCCGGGAGAAGAUUGAAAUGUUUAAAAAUUAUACUUCAAGAUGGCAGUAGACAACUAGAACCAGAAUGUAAAAAGGAGCUCUCUAAUAGAUUAGAGAUGUAUAAAUAUGUUGCUUCAGUGGUGCAUGAUUUUGGUGAUGUAUAUGAAGAAAUUGUAUCCUCGCCAUUUAAGAAAUAUUUUCUAGUUGUAUUUAUUUCUAUUGUAGGUUUAAUUUUUAUAUUUGGUAUUUAUUGUGGGCGUAUUAUCAGCCAUAGAGCAAUGUAUGUUAAGAAAAAAUAGGAAACCAAUUCACUGAUACUCAUCAAUUAAUAAAAAACUGUAUAAAA